CCACAUUCUUUCUACUUCUCACACACACUCUAUCCAGCUGAAUGUGGUUGACGUCUCGGUCUGUUACUAAACUGGACAAUGGGAACCGAAAGCAGGCUCGUACGUUGGAUAUGCUGGCUCACCGUUAUAACAGCGUUUUUCAUGACUGGGUUUUUAAUAGGCUGGUUUGCAAGGCCCACUAGCACAGACACAAGCAACGAUGAAGAUUCCAGUCGUUCCAUGCGAGACUUUCUGGAUGAGAUGCGAGCGGAGAACAUUCGAGAACACCUCAGGAAGUUCACUCGGUUACCCCACUUGGCUGGUACAAAGCAGAACCUGCGAUUGGCUGAGGAGAUAAAAGAGGAGUGGCUAGAGUAUGGCCUGGACUCGGUGGAGAUGGUGCCUUAUGAUGUGCUGCUAUCAUACCCCAACACAACACAACCAAACUACAUCUCCAUUGUAGAUCAUCUGGGCAACCAGGUUUUCAACACAUCUCUAGCAGAGCCGGUUCCUGAGGGAUAUGAGAAUAUCUCCGACAUCGUCCCUCCCUACAAUGCCUUCUCAGCACAGGGGCAGCCGGUGGGUGACCUUGUGUAUGUGAACUAUGGGCGUACGGAGGACUUCUCCCAGCUGGAGAGAGAGAUGAAGAUCAACGUGACGGGAAAGAUUGUCAUCGUCAGAUACGGAAAGAUCUUUAGAGGAAACAAGGUGAAGAAUGCAGCUUUUCAUGGGGCGAGUGGUGUAGUCAUGUUCUCGGACCCAGCAGAUUACUGCGCCACUGGAGUUCAGCCAUACCCUGAUGGGUGGAACCUUCCUGGGGGAGGGGCUCAGAGGGGGAAUGUCCUCAACCUGAACGGGGCGGGAGAUCCUCUAACACCAGGGUACCCCGCUAAAGAAUACACUUUCAGGUACAGACUGGAGGAGGGGGUGGGGCUUCCUAAGAUUCCAGUGCACCCCAUUGGCUAUCAUGAUGCCAUCCACCUACUAAAGAAUAUGGGAGGACCAAUCCCACCCAAUAACUGGAAAGGAGCACUGAAUGUGUCUUAUCGAAUUGGGCCGGGCUUCACUGACACUUUCCAAACACAGAAAGUCCGUAUGAACAUCCAAACCAACAAUCAGGUGACCCGGAUACACAACGUUAUCGGGAGAGUACGAGGGGCAGUAGAGCCAGACCGCUACGUGAUCCUGGGGGGCCACCGGGAUGCCUGGGUUUUUGGAGGGAUCGACCCAGUAUCUGGAGCGGCCGUGGUUCACGAGAUCGUAAGGAGCACCGGGAGACUUCUACGCAGAGGCUGGAGGCCGAGGAGGACCAUAGUAUUUGCUAGUUGGGAUGCAGAGGAGUUCGGUCUGCUGGGAUCAACAGAGUGGGCUGAGGAAAACGCCAAAGUGCUGCAGGACAGAGCAGUGGUGUACAUUAACGCAGAUUCAGCGAUAGAGGGUAUGUACACCUUGAGGGUAGACUGCACUCCCUCGCUUCACACCUUGGUGUACAAGGUCACCAAACAGGUGUCCAGUCCAGAGGUGGGAGAGGAGGGGAUGUCUCUGUAUGAGAGUUGGCACAAAAGGGACAACUGGACCGAUGACCGUGACGCACCCAGGAUCAGUAAGCUGGGAUCAGGAAGUGACUUUGAGGCGUAUUUCAUACGACUGGGCAUCGCAGCAGGCCGGGCCCGAUACACCAAGGACAAGAAGACGGAGCGUUACAGCAGCUAUCCGGUCUAUCACAGUGUCUACGAGACCUUUGAGGUUGUGGACAGGUUCUACGACCCUUCCUUCCAGAGGCUCCGAGCCGUAGCUCAGGUCAGGGGAGGCCUCAUCUUCCAGCUGGCUGAUUCCCAGCUCCUCCCCCUAGAUGCCAGCCAAUACGCUGACUCGCUGACAAAGUAUGCCCACUCCAUCGCUCAGCUGGGACAGAAACACCAAGAUGCUCUCAUUACAUAUGGGGUGUCAUUUGAUUCUCUGUUCUCUGCUGUGGAGAACUUCACAACAGCUGCCAGCAGUUUCCAUGAGCGUCUCAAGACCCUGGACAGAACCGACCCCUUACAGGUACGUAUGGCCAACGACCAGCUGAUGUAUCUGGAGAGAGCAUUCGUCGACCCACUGGGCUUACCCGGCCGACCGUUCUACAGGCAUGUGAUCUUCGCUCCCAGCAUUCAUAAUAAAUACGCUGGCGAGUCUUUCCCGGGCAUCUACGACGCACUGUUCGACAUCGAGCACGCCGCCAAUCCCAGACGGGCUUGGGAAGAAGUGAGACGCCAGAUCAGCAUCGCCACGUUCACCGUCCACGCCGCCGCCAUGACGCUAACACCCCCGGCUUAACAUGGAAUAACACACACACACUGCCAUCCCCCCUGUACAGAAGCCUGAUAUCUCAUCUAUAUAUAUAGUUUGUGUUUUUAUUGGAACUGUUUCAUCCAGAAAAAUACAAAAUAAAUAGACAUUGAAUCA